GGCCAGUGUGAGACAAGGAUGGCUGCAGAUGGGCUUUCCAGCAAGGCACUGAAGGUGAAGCGGGAGCUGGGGGAGAACACACCGCUGCUGUCGGAUGAGGAGCUGAUGGGGUUGUCGGUGCGGGAGCUCAACCACCACUUGCGUGGCCUGUCCAAGGAGGAGGUGGCAAGGCUGAAGCAGCGCCGACGGACGCUGAAGAACCGGGGUUAUGCCGCCAGCUGCCGGGUGAAGCGCGUCUGCCAAAAGGAAGAGCUGCAGAAGCAGAAGAUGGAGCUGGAGUGGGAGGUGGACAAGCUGGCCCGGGAGAAUGCUGCCAUGCGCCUGGAGCUUGACACCCUCCGUGGCAAGUAUGAGGCCCUGCAGGGCUUUGCCCGCACCGUGGCUGCCCAUGGGCCCCCUGCCAAGGUGGCCACUGCCAGUGUCAUCACCAUCGUCAAGUCCAGCACCAACCAAGCCGCCUAUUCCUAGUGCUGGCCUCAGUCCCCCAGCUGGGCACAGCCCCCCUGGGGCACCUUCCCCCAUAAAUUGCCUCCUGUACCCUCUCUGACCUCCUCCCUGCUGGGACCUGUGCCCAUAAUCUUCCUUCUUCCAUCCCUUGGCCUCCAGCUCCUCCAUGUAGGGCAGGCUGCCGCAGCGUGGGUGCUGGGGUGGAGGACAGGACUGCACCAGUGGUGCCCAAAGUCCUACAGCCCCCUCUGCUCCCACCUAGCCCUAUCCCCUGCUGCAGCCCCCCCUGGCUGGGCACCCCUUGCCCUUGGGGGUAUAGGCAGGAAAGGGUGAGCCUGUGCAGGCAGCAGUGAGGAAGCAUCCCAUGGCUCCAAGCUGGCAGAAAAACACCAGGCACCUUCUUUUUUGUAGAGGCCACAGGAGACCUGAGUGCUGGCCAGGCACUUCCAGGAGCAUGUGUCAGGGAGGAAAAGGAGGGGUGAGAGGUUUCACAGAGAGGGGCAGAAGGGUUUCAAUGGAGAUGGGGUGUCAGCAUUGGCCCCACAACUUGGACCAUGGCUGGAGCAAGGAGGGAGGUGGCGGUAUGGCUGGAGACUCCAGUGAUGGAGAUGGCCAGGGAAGGUGCAAGUCAGAGGGGUAGAGAAAGUGACUGCGGGUUGGUGCCUGGUAAGGGUGAGCGGGAUGGGAAAGUGCCGUGGCAGCUUGUGGCACUGGGGGAGCCCAGAGCUGACAGCGAUGGAGAAAAUUCCCUCAGGGAGAGCUGGGGGACAUGAGCAAUGGAUUAGCCCAGGCUAUUGCCCACAAAUGGGAACAGCAGUGGUGCUGUUCUAUCUCUUCAUCACACAUCCUUCACACCUCUUCCUGCCUACUGGAUGCUCAGCCUGGCCCGGUGUCUCUGAAACACAGUGGCACUAGCAGGAAGGAAGCGGAGGCAGCUGGAGCAGAGAUAAACACCGUUUUGCUCAGCACAGGCCAGCUUGUAUGGCCCCACCAAGUGCUCCCUGCCUCCCCACCGCCUACAAAGCCCACAGGAAGGUGCUCCUGGCCACGGAGAGCCAGAGCUGUGGAGGCAGAGAGAAAGGUAGAGAUGCUGAAGGUGGGAGGAAGGGGCGGAGAGCAUCCCUACUCCUGGGAGCCACCUGGCAGGCAGGUAGGCUGGCUCCUCCCUUUGGUUUUCCUCCAGCUUGGACGCUGGUGUGGGACAACAGGCUCUUCUGCAGGCUGAAGUGCAGGAGCAGAUUUGGGUUUGCUAAAUACAGACAGCCUGGAGGAGGUAACAGGAGGCAGACCCUUGGCAUCUGCUGCUGUAGAUGACCCCCCUCAGCUUUCUGCCCCUGCCUGGGUAUUGUCAUGCCAGCCACCCUCGGCUGCAGCCUCCAUCCCUCCCCAGAGAGAGGUGCCCACUGCUUGUGGAGUGAGCGCUGCAGUUAGCACACCACCACCCACCCCCCCCCAACUCCUCUUGAGUUUAUUUAUUGCACGAACAUAAGUUAUUUUCACGUCCUCUUUGCCAUUCCGCCUCUCGGCACAGCCAGGAUGUUGGUACAGAGCUGUACUUUAUAUUUUAUAUAUGCAAAUCACAUUUUAUCUUAUAUAGAGCAAAAAAAACUUAUUUAUUUUCUGACUUACAGUAUGUGUCCUACUCAACUCCUCUGUAUUUUGUAAACUUUACAAAUAAAGCAAGUUUGUGUUUUUUUUCCACAGUGAGAAUGCAUUUAGUCAUUCUUGAACUUCAGGACAGAGCUGUCUCAGUGAGACCAGCUUUUCUAGCUCCCUCAAGCUUUGCUGCAGGACAUGUUCAAUAAUGUGCCCAAAAAAGAUGGGAUGGGGGACAGCUUGCGAUGCUUUAGAACACACAGCUUUCUAGUCUUUAGAAGAAAAAGGCUCAGUAAGCAAGCUUAAUGCUCAACAUCACCUGCAAAGCAGUUGUUUUCAGGAGUGGUUCAGCUGUGCUGAAAUCAGCUUUUCCUAGGAAAGAUAAUGCUUUUUGCUAGAAAAAUCCCCUUCAGGCUGCCCUUGGACCUGGUGCUGGAGGAGAGGCAGGUAGAAUCAGGGCAGCUCUACCCAAAAAAUCCCUUCUUUUGAGUGACCUCACUGCCUGACUCAGGAACAGCGAGGAAGAAAGCAAGGAGCUCAUGUCUGUGGGUGGCAGGAAAAGAAGGAAACAUGCUGGGUGCCUUAUCCAGAGUUGAAGCCCAACCUCCUCCCUGUGGGAGAAAGCCACCCUUCCUCAGUGCCACGGUGGAAGCAAUGAGCAUAUCUGCCUGAUGCCCAGGCAGGCCAGAUCCCAUCAGAUUGCAGGGUUUUACACUCACAUUCCCUUUUGCCACUGCAAACUGCCCCAGCCCCACCACUGUGCAUGGAAGAAAAGCCCAGAGCCCCUGUUUGCUGGCGCCAGUGUUGGAGAAAGCAGGCCCCUUUCUCCCACAGGUGUUUUGCACUGAGCACCCAGGAUCAGGACUCAUCUCUACUCCAGGUUUUGGUGCCUUGGGCUAUCAGUGAUGUCUCAGCCCCAGGCUGCUGCAGCACUGCUUCUCCAUCAGCUCCAGCCCACAGCAUGAAACUUUCCUCCCCAGAGGACUAGGAGGACAAGCCAUACAGACCCACUAAGCCUCAGCCCCUGCAAUGAACAAAACCUCAGAAUCAGUUCAGGGAAGUCACUCAGACAGCACCACACAGAGGCAGCUUAAGUACAAUCUAUAUUAUCUCUAUAUUUGUCAUCAUAUUUGCUCAUUUCUGCAGAGUAUAACGUCACAAAGACCAAAAUAGAGAGCGGCUUGUCGCUGAGCUCACAUCAGUUAAACACGAUAGGUACAAAACUAGGUGACUCUGUCUUAUUUAUCAUACAUAUUUUUUUUUCAGUCAUUUAUAUACAAAGAACUACUCUAUAUGGAAAAAUAAUAAACAAAUCCCAUGGGUAUGUUACAUGGUAAACAAAAAGAAGGAAGAAAGGAAAGGGGAAGCAGGUGAGGGAGAGCAGCUCCAAGGGCCUACUCCUGGAGUAAACAGGUCUGUUGGGACCCCUGGGCUACUGUGAGCAGACCUGCAAGACCAUGGAUGCCUUGGCCUCCUUGGUCUCAAACUCUGGGUCUUAUAAGUUCUCCAAGCCAGAAAGGCUUCAGAACCAGUCCUUGCUCUGGCACUUGCCUGUGGUGAGGGAGAGCAGGAAGCUCAGAGAUGAUUUUGUGUGGUGUUAAAAAAUAUAUAUGUAUAUAAAAUUAUAAUGCAUGGAAGCUGUCUGUUGUUUGGGCACUAGUUCUUCACCAAGCUUCUCUGAAGGCAGCUAGUACAAAAUGGUUAUACUUGAAACCACUACAUACAGGAAGCUCUGAGAAUAUCCAGUUCCUCUGCACAGCAUAUGUAUGCAGCAUAUAUUUC